UUUUGUAAUGUGUCCUAAAAAUGAAACAAAUUGUAGUUGAGCAUGAAUCAACUGUCAAUCAAACGGCCAAACGGCAAUUUCCGAACCGGCGCCAAAGAAGAGGAACCAGGGAGCGAAUGAGACUCCUCUCUCACACAUUUCGUUGCCAUAAAUCCCCAAUUUCAAAUCCAAAACCCUCGUCUUCUUCUUCAACCAAGGAUCCAUCUGCUGCGACUUUGAGCUUCGAAUCGCAGCUGAAGCCGAAGCCAUGGUGUGUGUAUCUCAUCAUCUCCUCCAAUUCCCCCUUCAAAACCUAUGUUGGGGUCACCCUCAACUUCUCUCGCCGUUUGAAACAGCAUAAUGGUGAAAUAAAAGGCGGUGCAAAAGCAACUCGAGCAGGACGACCCUGGGUUUGUGCGUGCAUGAUUCAUGGUUUUAAAGACCAAAGUCAAGCUUGUGAAUUUGAAUCAAAAUGGAAAGAAGUUUCAAGGAAAAUUGCCCAUAAGAGAAAGAAGGAUGAUGAAGAAGAGCAGGCAGAUGAACAGAAAUUAAGAUUGCUGAAGAACAGGCAAAGAGCUCUAGAAAAAGUGAAGUUUAUGUUUGAUUGCAGCCGAUUUGAGUUUGAUGGGCAAUUGGAUCCUUUCUGAUUCUUUUUACAGUUUUCGUGUUUUAUUAUUUUUUUCCUUUUACAAUAUUUAUCUUUUUAUCUUCAUAUUUAUGAAGUGAAGUUAAUCAGUAGCAUUUGUAUUGUAACAUUGUUAAAUAUUCUAUGAUUUGAAAUAAUAUAUUGGUACAAUAACAGCUUUGGAAA